AUGGCUUACAUCCCCUGGGAGCCUCUCCCGGUGUACACCACACUCCCCCCUCCUUGGACAGCGACGGCGCCACAGCAGCCCAAGCCGGCUAGCGCUACGGACGCAGGACCGUCGAUCGCCGGAUGCCCCCUCAGCGACGAAGACACGCCCCUGGUGGUGGGGAAGCGCGUCGCAAGCCUCCAUCGGAGCCGCAGAGCACUGCACCUGUUCCUUUGGGGUAUUGGUGCGAUCGCCAUCGUCCUCUUCCUCAGCCAGAACGCCGGGCUCGUGCGCUGCCCGCUGAACGAUGUCCCCGCGGCCGAGAAAGCCGCGCUCCGACGCGAAUGGCGCAUCGAGAGCGCGACCUGGGCGCAGUCGCGCGCAGAGUUUGCGGAAGAGGCCGCGGCGUACGAACGCGCGAGCGCUGCGCACCGCGCGGAGCUCGAGGACUGGCGGGCGCAGCGGGAAGAGGAAGCGCGGCACCGCCUUGACGUGCAGAGGCGCAGCGAGGGCGUGUGGUGGACGGAGCCGCGCGGGGAGGCGCGGUGUCGUGCGUAUGGGACGCGUGCGUACUCUGCGUACUUGAGGGACGUCCCGGCGGGCUUGAACUGGCUCGAGGUGUGCUAUGGUAUGCCGCCGGUGGUGAUUCAUGGGCGGAACGUGUCGCAGCUGGACGUUUGCGAGAUGAAUGACCGGGGGGAGGUCGUGGGGACUUGGUACGUUAACUCCGGCGAGCCCGGUUGUGUGUCGAACUGGGGCCGGUUCAGCGACAAAGGAUGUGCCCCUGGCAAGCCCGGCCUUCGCCGCUACGAGGCUCCGAUGUCGGGGGUCAGCGACGGAGAAGACCCGAAUGUGAUGUGCGCGACGACACCCGCAAUGCUGCGCCGUGUGCAGUACCAGGGCGCGGGGAGUUGUGAACAAAGGCGAUCGUGGUUCUGGAUUACGUACACGGUCGGCACUUGGGACGUUCCUGACUCUAGAUGGUGCUGAAGAAUGGACUAGGUUAUCUGUUGUAUGUUGGGUCGGGCUCGGUGUUGCUUCUUUCUCGAAUUUGUAGGGUGCGCGCGCGCGCGCGCAAAUUGGGUGUUUGUGAAUAGAAAUAAAGAUAUAGAUGUCAUCGUAC